AUGGAAGUCCGUGCAGCCGACACGGUGGGAUCAAUUCGCCCCGAAGCCGAAAAGCUCUCUCUCCGUCCAGCGAACAAGAAUCUCGUCGAGCGGGCGGCCGAAGAUGAGCGACAGCGCCGCCUCCAUGUGCAUAAGGAUGAAGACGACUAA